CGCUCCGUUUAUUCCGCAGAAGUUGUGAGGCGCUGCGGGCGUGGCAGCGGCAGUGCGGAGCUGGGGGCUCGGAGGUUCGGACGGGUUAGCUGAUUUGGACUUCGUAUGGAUCACGAUGCCGCGGGUUUAGCGGAAAAGAGGACAGAGGGAAAGCGAAGAAGGGCACGGCGCUCGGGUGGCACCCGUCCCUCCAGCGGCUCCUCCGUUUUGACUGAACUGAUCUGGUGGGCGUUUCGCGUCAGGUCGUCCGUUUGAGCCCCAGCGUGUGAGAGACGUGAUACCCGCCGUCCGACAUCUGGAUGUGGCUGUCAGCGGAUUCGUGACGGGCUGUCAACUGUCGAUAGAGCCGGUCCAUCGAUCUGGCCUGCGGCAACUUCCAGGCCACUCGCCGCUCAGCGCUGGCCGGAGGACUCGCUGUGCUGCUGCCGUGCUGCGGGAUUUCUGACGCCAGGCGACCGAUGGAGCCGAAACGCGUUUAAAAUCGGCCUUUUCUCCGUCAGCGCGUCCGCACCGCCCCCGGCGCUCCUUCCUCUCCGCCGCGGCUCCGCGCUGUGACAGAAACCGUCGCUCGAGCGGCUCGCUUUCCCGCCUCCUCGGAGCUGAGAGCUCGAGACACCGCGCGCGCGCGUCCGUUAUUCGCCGUGUGUUUUUCCCGUUUCUUGUUUUAUAAUAACUCGGGAUCUCGUCUUCCUCGCUGACCAUGGGCUGUACGGUGAGCGCCGAGGACAAGGCGGCCGCCGAAAGGUCGAAAAUGAUCGACAAAAACCUCCGUGAAGACGGCGAGAAGGCGGCGCGGGAGGUGAAGCUGCUCCUGCUCGGUGCGGGCGAGUCUGGGAAAAGCACCAUUGUGAAGCAGAUGAAGAUCAUCCAUGAGGAUGGCUACUCAGAAGACGAGUGUAAGCAGUACAGAGCCGUGGUCUACAGCAACACCAUCCAGUCCAUCAUGGCCAUCAUCAAAGCCAUGAGCAGCCUCAAGAUCGACUAUGGAGAUACAGCGAGAGCGGAUGACGCACGGCAGCUCUUUGCACUGUCUGCCGCAGCAGAAGAGCAGGGAAUCCUCCCAGACGACUUGGCCAAUGUGAUCCGCAGACUGUGGGCCGACAGUGGGGUACAGAGCUGCUUCAGCCGCUCCCGAGAGUACCAGCUCAAUGACUCUGCAGCCUAUUAUCUGAAUGAUCUGGAGAGGAUAGCGCGAGCAGACUACAUUCCCACCCAGCAGGACGUGUUGAGGACCAGAGUGAAAACCACCGGCAUCGUCGAGACACACUUCACUUUUAAGGACCUGCACUUCAAGAUGUUUGAUGUCGGAGGCCAGCGGUCAGAGAGGAAGAAGUGGAUCCACUGCUUCGAGGGGGUGACGGCCAUCAUCUUCUGCGUGGCCCUCAGCGCUUAUGACCUGGUGCUGGCUGAGGAUGAGGAGAUGAAUCGCAUGCAUGAGAGUAUGAAGCUCUUUGACUCCAUCUGCAACAAUAAAUGGUUUACGGAGACCUCCAUCAUCCUCUUCCUCAAUAAGAAGGACCUGUUUGAGGAGAAGAUCACACUCAGUCCUCUGUCCAUCUGCUUCCCUGAGUACUCAGGAGCCAACAAAUAUGACGAAGCUGCAAGCUACAUCCAGACUAAAUUUGAGGAUCUGAACAAGAAGAAGGACACAAAGGAGAUCUACACUCAUUUCACCUGCGCCACCGACACCAAGAACGUGCAGUUCGUGUUCGACGCAGUCACUGACGUCAUCAUCAAAAACAACCUAAAGGACUGCGGGCUUUUCUGAAGGCAUCACCAAGGACGAUGCCAAGGUUAACACUUACACGAGAAGCUCGGCUGGGUGGUGCACCUGCCCUUGCAUCAGUGAGCACAAUGCCAGACUGCCUACAUACAUCUAGAGAAACCCUGAAUUUUUAUGUGAUACUGCAGGGGGGAGAAGGACCGAGAUAUACAAAAAACAAGGAAGAAAAAAAAUUGCUAAAUCCCAAGUCACUGAAUUCACCUUCUCCUGCACCUAAUUUUUAUUAGUUUUUGUAAAUAUUUUCGUUUUGAGGAGCUAUUUUCUUUAGAUCAAAAAAAAAAACAAAAAAAGCAACAGUAAUUUUCUGAUCUGUUUCUCCUGCUCCUUUGACCUCUUUUUCUUUUUGAGUAUGACAGGACAAAAGACGGGGAGGGCAGUGAAGUCUUUGAUAUAUAAACUAUUUCCUUUCUUUAACAGAUGCGCAAAAUUUUAUUAAACUUAACUGUGUGAUGCUUCUUUUUGUAAAAGCUGCGAGAGCACAGACCGAAAUCCCAACGGCUUUUGCUUUUUUUUUACUUAACACUUGGAUUCCACAUUCCGGGCUCAAAUGUACAAAGUACUGCAUGAUGGACCACAAAAAAAAUCAAAAAGGAAAAAAAAGAAGAAAAAAAUCGCUUCCUCAGCGCAACGUCCACAGCGCUUAGUGUAACGUUCUGAAAUCCUCGCUUCACUUUGAUAAACACUGUACAAUUGUGACUAAUAUGUAAGUUGCAUAAAUCUGUCUUUCACUGUCCUUUCCUCUCGUGCUCCCGACCCCGUUCUCUUUCGCGCUCUGUUUUGUGCCUUGACUUCCAGUUUUCACAUUGUCUGUAGAGUUUAGAGCUGAUUCAGUUCACCGUAUCAAAAUAAAGAGGUAAAAAAAUGAAGAUGGUGGUUGUGGGAGAGGAUAAAGUGGGGGACAGUCAUCUGAUGAAUAUGAAAUGCCAUGAACGGUUUUAUUGAAAAUAAAAGUUGAUUCACGAGCGUGAA